AUGACUGAGUUCUUAUGGGCUGUGAAAAGCAAACAGAACAAGUACACGUUCCCAUUGGAAGUGUUUGUUCUGGCUGGAACACCAUCAUCAUCAUCACUAUCUUUUGGGGAUUCUAAUGCUCGGAAAGAAGCUAUCAUGCCAUCAGCCACGGAUGACUCUAGAACAUUUUCCGCUAUCGAUUUUGUAAACGAGUACCGAUCUCGGGUUGAUUCUUUGGAUACCUUGCUAGAAGAACUUCAAGAAUUUAAAGAAUUUUUGAAAGAGGAAACCAUCUCGAUUAUCCAUAAGGAAUAUAGUUCCUUCAUCGAAUUUUCUCGGAAAUUAAAUACUAUUACUAUCGAUCAGAUGAACUCCUCCAUGCCCACUCUUAUUCAUCAAAUGAAAGAUUUUGAAAACUUUAUUUAUGAUUUAAUAAGUAAAUGUGAGAAGGAGCUAAAGAGCAAGAAAAGAGCCUCUCAGAAAGAAUUCAUAUCAAAAAAGCUUUUGGAGAUUUAUACCUUGCUGAAAAGCAAUUUAAUUCCUAAAUUACAAUCGGAACAAGAAAAACGAUCAGUUGCAAAUCAGGAAUUCUCGGAGGAUGAUUUAAUAUUUUCCAGCAUGGCUGAUCACAUCAAACAAUGCUCAGAAUCAAUGAAGCAAAUUGAAUUAAUACUCCUAGAACUCUCCGAGGAAAAUAUUUCUGAGAACUCUCUUGAAAAACAACACCUUGCUGUUCUUUUUGAAUUCUACGAGAAGGUAGAUUUAGCUCUCAAACAAACCGAACAGUUAUUCUUGGAUCAAGUGUGCUCUACAUUUAUAUACUUCAUCAAAAUUAAUAACAAGACUCUUCCGAGAAGAAAUUACGAAAUCUCAUUGCUCAAAAUUUUGGAUUGCAUGGAAGGGUGUUAUUUGUUUAAUAAUACGAGAUUACUAGAGCAGUAUCUAGAACAAGAAUUGAUAAAUCCACUGUUGGACACAAUCAUGAACAAGGAAAAUUUAAUUCAAUGUAAGAACAAUCCAGAACAACAGGUGAAAGCGCUACUCUACGAUAACAUUCUGCAACAAGUUGGAAAUGCAAUUGACCCUCUUUUGGAUAUACUCUUUUCUUUCGAAAGAAAAUCCAACAUUUUAGAGUUGAUACACUCCAGCUACAUCUCCAAUGCUACAGAGUCGUAUGUCCGUAAAAUUGUUUCUUCCUUCAGAUUUAUCACCUCAAGUGUUUUCCAAUCCGUUUCCAACAGGCUUCAGUCAGAUCCAUGUAAAUUUCUGUAUGAGUAUAGAAAUGUGAAGACGUUCCAUUUCAUGUUCAAAGAACAAAAACGAUUUAUUAAUGACUUUAAACAGCAAAAUGUUCCACAGCAUGAAGAAAACAAUUUCAACAUUGCGGUGAAGUCUCUAUUACUGAAAAAGUGGCAAACAAAAAUUUACUUCACAUUGGUAAAACAGCAGAUCGUGAAGGAUUUUGAAUGGAUUAUUUCACAAAAAACAACUUCCUCGAAAGACAACAAUAUUAAUAAUGAAUCCAAAUUUACAUCGAUUACUGAUAAGAUGGUUGAUUUAAUUUUGAAUUCAAUUUUCAACCCAGAUACAACAUUCUUAGACGAGAUGAGCGAAGAUUUUGUAUUACUAUUUAUUCAGUUAAUAUCGAGGUAUAGAAAAUGGUUACUAGAAGAAUACAUUCCAUGGAUGAUUCAAUCUUCAAAGCAAACGACACAGGAAGAUGAGUUACUAUCAUGGUUAUGUACCUUGGCUAAAAGACUUGUGGGUCUCGUAAAUCGACUAUCUAGUUCCAUUAGAACAGAUAUUUUUCCAAAUCAACAUGCUUCACAAAUUAAGGAGUUAAUUUCCAACUCUCUCUCUGAAAGAAUUGGUAUUAUAGAAGAGACUGAAACAUUUUCACCUGUAUUUUCUUCGUUAAUUGAAAAUAUUGUCAAUUUAUUGAAAGAUAAGAGCAUUCAAAUUAUUGCAUCCAGAUUAACUCAAAGCUAUAACUUUACAACCGCAACAGGAGCAAAUAAUUCCCCUUCACCAUUCACACAAGAGAUUUUCAAAAAAUUAAUCCAAUUUCAGAGCCAGGAUUUUGCGAAAACAAACAAGGUAUUUUUGAAGAGAAUAUUACAGAAGGUAGUUUACGACACUUGCAAUCAAUACAAGAUUGAAUGUAUGAAGAUUGUAGAGUCUAACAAAAAGACACAACAAUCUAUCGAUCGUAUCAAAAAGAACAAGUCGAACAAAGUAGCGUCAAUUCGAGGUCAAAUCAUAAGAGAUUGCAACAGGUUGGAAGAAAUAAUCAAGGAUCAACUGCUGUUGGAGGUGAAAGAUGCCAUAGAACCAUUAGAGCAAUUAAGAACCGCUUUGAACAACUCGGAAUAG